AUGAGACUCUGUAGCACAAGAUUCCUUCAUUUUCCUUUCAUCAACUCUGGAGCAGAGCGUAAGCGUAAUCAAAGCAUCAAUCUUUUUUACUAUUUUAGUGCUUUGAAAAUCUCAGCUACGAAGGGUGUUUCCCUGCGAGUGAAACAACUACAUUCCCCUAUGAUUAAGCUAGGUUACACUAACACAUUAUCUUUACUAAACAAUCUUUUAAGCUUUUAUAUAAGAUCCAAUCAAACCAAUCAUGCAUACAAACUGUUUGAUGAAAUGCUUGUAAGAAAUGUGAUGACUUGGAACACUUUGCUUCGUGAUUCGGAUAUGGGUUUUUGUUAUUUUAAAAGAAUGUUGUGGGAAAAGGUCAACCCGGAUCGUGUUACUUGUUUGAAUGUAGUUAGUUUAUCGAUUAAUGCAGGGAAGGAUGAAAUGGGUAGGCAGUUUCACUGUUGGAUUAUGAAAUCGGGGUUUUGUAAAGAUUGUUAUGUGAGCAGUUGUCUUGUUAAUAUGUAUGCUAAGUUUGGAUUUGUUUAUGACGCGAGGCGGGUUUUUGAUUGUGUGUUGGAGAAAGACUUGGUUUUGUGGAAUGUGAUGGUGUCUUGUUAUGCGUUGAAUGCGUUGAGUGAUGACGGUUUUAGAGUCUUUUGGAUGAUGAGGAGUGAGGGUGUUAAGGGUGAUGAGUUCACGUAUACAAGUUUGGUAAAUUGUUGUGCUAGUUUAGCGUAUCGUGAACUAGGAAUGCAAAUACAUUGUCUUGUGUUUAGAUACGGUUUUGAUAUGGACGUGGUAGUGGCUAGUGCUCUUAUUGAUUUGUAUGCGAAGAAUGUGAACAUCAUUGAUGCUCGCAAAGUGUUUAGCUGUAUGCUUCCAAGAAACAUGAUCUCUUGGAACACUAUGAUUGUGGGGUAUGGACAAUGUGGCGAUGGAAAGGAAGCUAUGAAGCUAUUAACGAAGAUGUUACAAGAAUGGUUUUCCCCUGAUGAUUUGACUUUGGCUAGUGUCGUUAGCUCGUGUGGGGAUCUCUCUUUAAGCAAUGAAAUUCUUCAAGUCCAUUCUUACGCGUUAAAAAAGGGGAUUGUAUCAUUUUUAUCGGUUUCCAAUGCUCUUGUAAACGCACACUCCAAAUGUGGAAACCUAUCUUAUGCCUUGAAAUUAUUUAGCUCAAUUGAUAAACCUGAUCUUGUGUCAUAUACUUCUAUGGUUCAAGCAUAUGCGUUUCAUGGUCAUUCAAGAAAGGCCAUCGAACUUUUCAAGAAAAUGUUACUGGAACGUGUUGUAAAUCCUGAUAAGAUUAUGUUUCUUGGUGUUCUUUCUGCAUGUAGCCAUGGUGGAUUAGUAAGCGAAGGUAUCCAUUACUUUGAAUCAAUGACCAAAGAUUAUAACAUUAUACCGGAACUAGAGCAUUACACUUGCCUCGUUGACCUUCUUGGACGAGCUGGUCUAGUAUAUGAGGCUUUUAGGGUUCUGGUUUCAAUGCCAAUGCCGCCUGAACCGGACACACUUGGAGCUUUCAUGGGACACUGUAAAGUCCAUCAAAAUCUUGAGCUAGCAAAAUGGGCAGGUGAAGAACUUUUCAUGUUGGAGCCAAACAAGAAUGUGAACUAUGCUCUGUUGUCAAAUGCAUUAGCUUAUUCUGGGAAAUGGUUUGAAGUGGCCAAAGUUCGUAAGAAGAUGCGAGAUAAUUGUUGUUUAAAGAUACCAGGCGUUAGUUGGUUAGAGAUUGCUGGUGAGGCUCAUACUUUUGUUUCUAGAGAUGAAUCCCAUCCACGAUGCUCAGAGUUAUACCACGUGUUAAAAUCAUUGUAUAGUUUGAUAGCUCCGCAUUUAGUUUUUACAGAUUGAAGAGAAUACGAGGAAGCAAUCUGGACUAAUUGUGACAAAAAUCACCUAACAACAUAUAUGUACUAAGAUUUCACUCAGGCUUCACUGCUUCAGGGCUGUUAAACUAUGGUAGACAAGUCUCCUUUAACAUGUGGGUGCCCCGAAGAUGGAUUGUUGUAGGAUACAAUCUGCCAAUGCAUUUUGAACUCGCUUUAAUGUAUCUAAUCUGUGCUCGUCACGUGUGGGCCUGUGCCGAUCGGGAAAUUUGAGAAACAUGGACCACACAGCAGAGGUCUGAUUGUUAUCUGGUGAACUAUGUAAAUAUAAAUUCAUUCAGAACUUUUGUCCAAUACUAUAAUCUGUUCCUAAAGUGUAAUUGUAAAUGCCUUUCUGGAAAACCGAUACAAUGAUUGUGCAGACUAGUAACCAAAAUGAGACCCAAAGAAUGCACAAGGGCUUACAGGUCCCAUUUGGAUACGCUGCUUCAGUAUUGGACCAAAGAUUGGAGAAGCUCUCGAAAAGAUUUUAGAACUACCGUCACAAUGACAAUUUUGGAUGGGCAGGUUAUGGGAAAUCUGGCUGGAAGGAAACAUAAAUCUUAAUUUCAAUCAGAUUAAGUGGUGUUUAGAAGAAAAAUGUUGUAUUUACGUUGAUAUUUGUAUGAACUGAUCAUAGCACAUCAUGCAAUAGAAUUGGUACUUAGUUCUAUAUUUAAGUACAGUAUGUAAAGUUGUGCUCAUUGCAUCUAUGCUAUAAAUCGAAGUAUAUAUAAUUGUGAAUUUACAAGGGACCCAUGAGUUGACCUGAAUGACAA